GCAAUAGUGCACACGUGUGCUAUAUAUCUACCUCCCAUGUUCAGGGCUGCACCAAAAGCACGGCCUGCGAAUUCUAUGUAGAACGAGCACAUACUCGCAGCCCUCGCAGCCAUGGCUGAUUCCCGCUCCUCGAGGUUUAAAGUCUAUGUUCGUCUUCGACCAUCUCCUGGUGCAAGCGGAACCGAUGUCGUCCAAGCGGAGCACCGAGUCCUCACCCUGAAGGACCCGGUGAAGGGACACAGCAGCGAGUUUGUCUUCGAUAAAGUAUUUGAUGCAGAGGCGCGCCAGGAGAGCGUGUUUGCGGACGUCGGCGUGCCCCUCGUCGAGCAUGUUAUACAGGGGUACAACGCGUGCUGCUUUGCCUACGGGCAAACUGGUGCGGGAAAGACUCACAGCAUGUAUGGGCGCGAGGGCUGCUCCGUCUUUGCCCAGCCCGGCACCCCCGAACACGGCGACCUGGGCGUCAUACCGCGCGCGUGUGAGCUGCUAUGGAAGGCCGCCAGUCAGGUGAACCGGAAGGCGGAGGCAGCAGCGGCCACCGGGGGCGGCAACAGCGCCCCGCGCAUCAAGCUCUUUGUUAGCUUCAUGGAGAUCUACCUGGACCAGAUUCGCGACCUGGGCGCAGCGGCGCAAGCGCACCUCAAGGCCACCGCGGCCCGCUCGCCGCCGCCCAUUCCUGGUGACGCCGCCGCCAGCGCGGGGCUGGGCCUGUCGGCGUAUGCGGCUGACGGCGGCGGUGCGCCGGGCCGCUCCACAGCCACUUCGCUGGGCGCGGCUGCCGACUACGUGCGCACCAACCUGGAUGUGUUGGAAGACUCGUCGGGCAUGACGUUCGUGAAGGACCUCACCUUUAUGGAGGUGUCGUGUGUGGAGGACAUGCUGGCAGUGCUGCGGGCGGGCUACGCACUGCGCGCCACGUCCGCCACCGCCGCCAACGACGUGUCCAGCCGCAGCCACACCGUGUUCACGGUGUCGGUGGUCACCUACCGCGGAGAGCAGCAGCCCGUCACAGGCCGGCUGAACCUGGUGGACCUGGCCGGCAGCGAGCGGCAGUCCAAGUCGGGUGCGGAGGGCGCGCGGCUCAAGGAGAUGAGCGCCAUCAACAAGUCACUCACGGCGCUGGGCAAGGUGGUCAUGACGCUGUCACAGGGCGCGGCGGGAGGCGGCCUGCCGCACGCGGCGUCAGGCGGGAUAGGCCUAGGCGGCGCGCCGCACGUGCCGUUCCGCGACUCCAAGCUGACGCGCGUGCUCAAGGACUCGCUCACCGGCAACUCCUUCACCUGCCUGCUGGCGUGCCUGCACCCAGCCCCCGAGAACGUUGAGGAGUGCGGCGCCACGCUGCAGUUCGCGGUCCAGUGCUCGUCCAUCGCCACGGCGCCGCGCGUCAACGUGUUGAGCUCAGGUGGCCCGGGCGGUGACGCAGGCGUGGUCGAGGACCUCAUGACACAGGUGGCUCACCUGAAGGACGAGCUGGAGGUGACGCACGCACACUACCAGAAGCUGCUGGAGAGCGUGGCGGGCCCCUCCUGGAGGAACGACCCCGGGCCCAUCGAGCGGGCGCCUGGGGGGCCGGAGCUGGGCGGCGGCGGCGGAGGCAUGGAUGCAUUUGCGUCGAUGCUCUCAGCGUUUGGAACUAAGGAAAGCACGAGCGGGGCCGCUCCCGGGUACGGCGGUGGCGGCGGAGGCGGUCUGGGAGGUGUCUUCGCCUCAGGAGGCUUCGACAACGAUCGGCGGCGGCUUACAAGCGAGACCGGCCGGGCUCGCGGCGGAGACACCGGCCGCACGCACGGCGUGGCGAAGAGUGUCGUGGGCGGCUCGGCGUCCGUCGCCAACAGCCGUGUCUCUGUGCUGGAGGCGCAGGUGCGCAAGCUGGAGGGCCAGCUGGCGCAGGCGCGCUCCACCGCGCAGCAGUACGAGGAGCGGCUUACGGCGCGCAAGGAGGAGAUGGAGGCGGUGCGCGAGCGCAUGGCGGGCAAGGAGCACGCGCAGUUCAGCGAGAUCAAGAAGCUGAGGGCGCAGGUGUCCGACCUCACCAAGCAGCUGGACGCGGAGCGCACCGACUCCAACAACAAGCUGGAGGACGCGCGGCGACGCUCCGAGGAGGAGUGCGCGCGGCUGAUGAAGGACAUUGAUGUGCUGCGCUCGCAGCUGGCGCAGGUGACGGGCAGUGUGGGCGGCCUGGUGGAGAAGCACACCGCCGCCAUCUCCGCCGAGAAGCGGCAGCGCGACGCGGCGCGCAAGCACGUGGAGCAGCUGAUGCAGCAGCAGGCGGCGCGCGGCAGCGAGGAGCACAAGGCGCAGGUGGAAAACCUGAAGCAGCAGAGCAGUUACUUUUUAUCCAAGCAGGCGGAGCAGAUGGCAGAGCUCAAGGCACAGCUCGAUGUAGCCAAGGCCACCUUUGCGGUGGAGAAGGAUGGGCUGCUGGCGGAGCUGGACUACCUGUCCAGCUAUUCGGAGCGUGUGACGGAGCUGGUGCGGCGCAUGGAGGCCGGCGCAGUGCCGGUGCACGACCGCGGCAACGGCAUCAAGGCCUUCCGCCUGCCGCAGCGCGACCGCCCGCCGCGCCUCGACGCUGGCCGCCUGGGCUGGCUCAAGGACCGCAACGGGGAACUGCACGAGCGAUUGAUGGCUAUAAGUGCUGCCACCGCUGCGGCGGGCGGCAGCACCGCCGGCAGCUCCACAGGGGGGCUGUCGGCCAACCAGUCAACCACCAGCCUGCACAACACCGCUAGCGGCCGCCACGGGGGCCUGUCGGUGGCGCUGCCGGGCAGCGGCGCCGGUCACUCAGCGCUCGGGUCAACAGUUGACCUGGACGCCCUCCGCGCGCAGGUGGAGGCGGAGCUCAAGGCGCAGGUGACAGCGCAGGUGAUGGGUGACAUGAAGAGCGACAAGACCAUCGAGUACAUUCGUGAGCUGGAGGUGGCGGUGGGCCGCUAUCGCGCCGAGCUGCAGACGGAGAAGAAGCGCAACUCCGAGAUGGCGGUGGCGCUGCGCAGCGUGCAGCGCAUCCACCAGCGGCCCGAGAGCCCCAUGAACAAGGCACUGGCGGCGCACUCGCCGGCCGGGACGCUCAAGCUGGCACCCAGCUGGGGGCUGGGCCACGCGCCAGGCUCGCCGCAGAUGGGGCUGAACGGCAUGUCGCGGCCGGGCACGGCGGGGCUGGUAUCGCUCGCGGGUGGAUCACCCAAGUCAGGCAACUCCACCACGCGCCGGCCAAGCACAUCAAUGACAGCCCUCACAAGCGGGUACCGGGAAAACGGCCUGUCCAUUCCCUGAGAAGGAGCGGACCUGCGAAAGCCGACGGCUGGAAGGAUCAGCACCUGCAUGCGUGACUAAUGAAGAAGACCUACGUUGCCUCAAGGUGUAAACGGUACCGUGUAGCCAGAGAUUCAUUGCCGCGGAUAUAGCCAAAGCACUGGAAGUGGAUGCCGAGGCACAGUGCGUGGUUGCACACAUUGCUGUGGUGUGGGGAUUGACAGUCGCGCUCAGGCCACAGGGCCGGUACUGAUCCACAAGAGAUAGCGCCUAGUUGUCGUAGCAGGUUUCAUUGUUAAGGGGUGCACCUGUGAUGCUUGGUGGUGAGGCAAGACGGCUUCCUGCGUGUCCACCUUCUUGAUGCUGCACCUAAUUGUGGCGGUUACCGCGGCCUGCAGCCGAGUGGGUGUGAUACGGUAGUGCCUAUCGACUGCGCUCAAGGCGCAUGUGUUCGGGAGGCUUCCACGCCGCCGCGAGCUGUGUAAGCCACGGAUGGCUU